AUGGCUACGUUUCAAGACUUUGAAGACCCACAAAAAAAUAAAUGUAUGAAAUUGUUUUAUGAAUCUUUAAAAUAUAAUUUACCGUCAUUUGAUGAGGAGCGUUUACACAGUUUAUCUUUUGAACUGACUCGAUCAAUUUACAAAAAUUUUAGUAACGAUUUACCGAAAAUUGUUAGAUCGAAAUGUUUUAACUUAAAGGACAAAAAUAACCCUAGAAUUUGUAAGGAAGUAUAUGAAGGAACAAUUAAGCCAGAUGAAUAUAUAUUGAUGUCUAAUGAAGAUAUGAAGUCUAAAGAUUUGAAAGAGCAAGAAAGAAAAGCGUAUGAAGAAAGUUUAUAUGAUAUUCAAAUGCCAGAAAUACAAGCAGAGACAGAUAUGUUCAAAUGUUCUACCUGUGGACAAAGGAAAUCUUCUUAUAGGCAGUUGCAGACCAGAUCAGCAGAUGAACCCAUGACUACUUUCGUAACAUGUGUGUGUGGACAUAAGUGGAAAUUUUGCUAA